AUGAACAACAUCGACGACGAAUAUGAACGGUUUGUAGAACAUCUUCACGACUAUGCGAGGAAAGCGAAGAAUUUCAAAACUAAAAAGAGACACCUGUCUUUGGAAACUCUAGAGCUUAUACGUCAGUGCGGAGCUGCACGAGGAGCAGGUAAGCAAGAACUCAUGUCCGAGCUCGCAAAGCUUUGUAGAGAUGCGAUAAAAGAACAUCUCAAAGAGAGAAGAGCAGAAGUAUUGGCUAAAGCUGCAGAAACGGGAAAGAGCAUUCGCUACGCCCGUCGGAACUUUGCCAAACAUAAAACAAGAAUUACUGCUCUCCGGACCCCAGAUGGAACAAAUACAGCAUCGAGAAGGGGAUGGAGAGUGUCAUUCACUACUAGAGUUCAGACUUCUACUCAGAUAUCUUCGACAGCCACGACCACUUGCCUCCUCACCUUCUGA